UUGCUCCACUCUUUCUUUCCGGUUUAGGAGUUGGUCCAGUGUGCUUGUUCUCUUUCGAGCUAAGGCCGAUUAUUAUAAAUAUAUUUAAUUUUUGGCAACUUGCACCAAAUUUUGAAUAAGCAAACAAAUCCACAAUGUCGACAAAAGCUGAGCUCGCAUGCGUCUACGCCUCCCUCAUCCUGGUUGAUGAUGAUGUCGCCGUCACUGGUGAGAAAAUCUCGACCAUCUUGAAGGCUGCCAAUGUUGAGGUUGAGCCCUACUGGCCCGGUCUGUUCGCCAAGGCCUUGGAGGGCAUCAACGUCAAGGACUUGAUCACCAACAUUGGCUCUGGUGUUGGCGCUGCUCCUGCUGGUGGAGCUGCUGCGCCCGCUGCCGGUGGCGAUGCCCCUGCUGCUGAGGCCAAGAAGGAGGAAAAGAAGAAGGAAGAGGAGUCUGACGUGUCUGACGACGACAUGGGCUUCGGUCUGUUCGAUUAAGCAGCUGCAACAAAAAUGCAAGGCAACAACAUUCGCCGCGGUUUUUUAUUUGCGUUCCCUUUAAAGUUGUGUUUCCAAAUUUGGUACACGUUUUAAUGUACAAAUGCAAGGAAAUACAAGUUUUUACGUAAAAGUG